AUGGCGUCGUUCACAGCACCGCCGGAAACGGUCUCCUUCCAGGGUCUCCUGUUUGACAUGGACGGCACCAUCAUUGAUUCGACGGCCGCGGUUGAGAAGCAUUGGCACACUGUCGGUACCGAAAUUGGUGUCGACCCUGAGGUCAUCUUGCAGACGUCUCACGGCAGACGAAGCAUUGACAUUCUCAAGAUCCUCCACCCAGAGAAAGCCAACUGGGAAUAUGUCUGCCAGAUGGAGGGUCUCAUGCCCAAGCUGUACGGCCCAGACGCAGUUGAGAUCCCCGGCGCUCGAGCCCUCCUUGAGCAACUGAUCCCCGCUGGCGCACCCUGGGCCAUUGUGACAUCGGGCACCGUUCCCCUUGUCACGGGCUGGCUCGACGUCCUGAAGUUGCCGCAUCCCGAGCAUCUGGUCACUGCCGAGUCGGUGCAGAACGGAAAGCCAGACCCAACUUGCUAUCAAAUGGGCCGCUCCAAGCUCCAGCUCGAGGAGAGCGCCAAUGUCCUGGUCUUUGAGGACAGCCCUGCAGGUAUCAAAUCUGGCAAGGACGCCGGUUGCAAAGUCAUUGGCCUGGUAACCAGCCAUACGCUGGAGCAGGUCAUUGCCGCCCAGCCAGAUUGGAUCGUCAAAGACCUAAGUUCGGUCAAAAUGUUGGAAGUCAAGAAUGGAGUCGUGACGCUGGAAAUCACAAACGCACUUACUCCUACCAACAGUUAA